AUGUUCAAAAAAUUUAAAGAUAAAUUGGCAGAAGAAGUUAAAUCUUCCCCUCAAAGAAUUCAGCAAUUUGCUCAAGCAGCUCAGGCUGCUGUAACCUCAGCAUCCAGCAGUGUAUCAGAUAUAACUAACAAUGACUUGUUCUCUAUUGGAGAUAAUGAAAAUUCCACAAAAACAAAUAUGCCAGGUCCUCAGGCUAACCUGACACAAAACUACAGUCAAGGUAGUCAAAGCACAACAGAUUUGCCAGAUUUUUCAAUUGAUUAUGAGGAUAGACAAAGGCACAGACGUUUAUCAAAUAGUUCAUUUGCAAGUGACAUUUCAUUUCGCCUUCCAAAUUAUGAAAGCCCAUCUAUGUACCACCUGCAGUCGGAUAUGGAGGUAUCAGCGAGUGAAGCUGAAGAGAAAGGUUUUUUUGGAGGAAGCGUUAACCUUGAUCGUGUAACUAAAGAUCAACUGUAUGCUGCUUAUAGGAGAACUCAAGAUCGGUUCAAGAAGUAUAAAUCACAAUAUUCAGAUUUAGCACGCCAUUAUAAACUUUUGGAGAGAGAAAAUGCUAAAGCAAGGAACGUGCUGGUUGAAACUCAGGAUAAAGCUUUAAGAAGGAUAUCAGAAUUAAAAGAACAAUGCUCUCUGGAGCAAAGUGCAAAAGCACACCUUGAGAAAGCACUGCGUGUUGAAAUAGAAGAAAAAAAUAUGAAAAUUAAUGCUUUGACGACUCAACUUAAUUUAUUGCAAGUUAAUAAUGUAUCAGAAACGAAAAAUAUUGAGCAAUCACAAAUGGAGUUGAUAAAUUUAAAUGAAGAGAACAACACACAACCAGAACACACUUCUGAAGUUUCAGUUCUUAACAACAAGAUUGAAAAACUGGAGCAAUUAUUGUGCAAGUACAAAGAAUCGCUAAAAUCUCUGAAAGAAAAGAAUUCCAAUUUAACAACUGAAAUACAAAAAUUAAAUAUGGACUUAGAAACAAAGUCUCAAAAAGAAAAAGAUUUAAUUGAAGCAGAAAAGAAGGUUGAUGAUUUAUUGGGUAAAGUUGAGAGUUUAGAAAGUAUGAAUAGCACACUAGAGUUUACUAAAAAUAAAGAGAUAUCUAUCCUUCAAGAUAAUUUACAACAUACACGGUCUGAAAUGUUAAAUAUACAAACAAAAGUGAAGGGUUUAAGUAAAAGGGAAGAAGAAUAUGCUAUUUCACUAGCUGAAAAUAAGUUACGGAUACACAAAGAAUUAGAAAGUAAAGAGGCUGAGAUAAAGUCUCUUAAAGAUAACUUAAGUAAGAGGCAACAUGAAAUUGAGACCUUAAAUGAAAUUAUUCAGGAAAAUAAAAACAAAAUUCAAAAACUGGAAGGCGAAUGCGCAAAGUUAAAUGACGAUUUACUAGAGUUUAAUAGAUCUAAAACAAAAAUAGAACAGUUAACAAAAGAACGGGACAGCAUCAAUGAAACUCGGAAACAAUUAGAAAAUAUUAAAACCAAGUUAGAAGAGGAUAUCAAUUGCUUGCAUUUACAACUGAAACAAGAAACAGCCGAAAAAUUAUCAGUUAUAGAUAGAAAUGUUUAUUUAGAAAGUCGCAAUACUCAAAUUACCGAAGAAAACGACAAAAAGCGUUCCUACAUUAAUGAACUUGAAGAGGAACUACUUCUGCUAAAGAAUAAAACGGAGAAAAUGGAAAUAAUAGAAAACAAGCCUGAAAUAAAUGUAACAGAGUCAAUAUCUAAGUUACAGGAGGAGACGGCUGUUUGGAAGUUAAAGUGUAGUGCUUUAGAAUCAGAAAUUCAAGAGGAAAGAGUGGAAUUAGUGAAAUUACAAGCAGAAGUAGAUAAAUUAUUACAGAACCAUGAAUCAUUACAGAAACAAAAUCUUGAACUGAAUGCAACGGUUGAAAUGUUAAAAUGUGAAAAUGUAAAUCUAUGCAACACAGUUAAGAAAUAUAAUCCAAUUGUGGCUAAACUAGAAAAAUUAAAAAAUGAAGUAAUUAGUAUUCAUGACAUUGUUGCGGUUACUUCUUCUCAGACAAAAUCUCUAAGAGAUCUUGUAAUGCAGCAGUGGCUACCGGAGCUUAAAGAAAAUAUUUUUAAGCAUACCACAAUAUCUCAGACAGAGAUAAGUAGUUUGAACCAAAUUCAAAUUAGCCUGAAAGAACAUAUACUAAAACUAACAGGGAAAUAUGAUUCUCUAAGUAACGACCAUGAAGAAUUAAAAAGAGAAAAUAAUUCGUUAUCUGCAUCUUUGAAAGAAAAACAAUCUGAAUAUGUUUCUUUGUCUGAAAACAUUAAUAGUAUCGCUGUAGAAAAAGAUACCUAUAUUUCCAAAUAUCAGAGUAAGUGUGACAAAGUAGAAAAAGAAAAUCAGGAUUUACAAAACAAUAUAAAAGUCCUUAAUGAAAGCAUAACUGAAUUACAGAAAGAAUUAAAAAAUAGCAAGGAAAUGUAUAGUUGCUGUAUGGAAAAGUUAGAGGAAGAAACUAAAGCCACUAAUACCAAUAAAGACGAGACUGACAGAAUAUUAAAAGAAAUGGAAGAUAACCUGAGAUUAGCAGAGCAGGAUAAUUCAGAUAUGGAAAACAGACACAAAGCUUUAGAGGAAGAAUUUAAGAAAUUAAGUGAUAAUCACUCCAAAUCUGAAAGUGAAUACGCUUCUUUAAAACUCGAAAAAGAACAUAUUAUGAGUGAUUUAGAAAAUGUAAGAAAAGAAAAACUUGAAUUACUGUUAUCAAAAACAAUGACAGAAGAAACGUUAAAAAAAAUAGAGCUCGAAUUGACGGAGGUACGGAAUAACUUUGACAAAAAAAUAAAAGAAAUGGACAUAGAAAAUCAUGGUUUAAAAUCAUUACAGUCUGAGUUAGAGAAUAAGCUUAAAUUGGCUGAGGAAAAACUUCUCGAUUUGAGUAAACUUUGGGAGAAAACUGAAAAAGAAAAUGCUGAGAUGAAAGAAAAGAAUUGUGAGUUAGACAAAAUUAUAUCAUCUCAGAAUAUUAUAAUUGAUGACAAAGAAAACAUAAUUUUGUCCAACAACAAAUGUGAGUGUGAUAGUCUUAAAGAAGACAAUAGACGGCUUCGUUCCGAUAUAGACGGAUUGCAGAUAUAUUUAAGUAAGAUUUCAAAAGAAAAUAGCGAAUUAAAUAAUAGGCUGAGAGAAUCGUUCGCGUCCAGCGUCGAUGCGACAAAUUCUGAACAACUUUUAACAGAAAUAAAACUUGGUAAAGAUAAAAUUAACGAAUUAUUAAGAGAAAACUCUUUACUUGUUGAGGAAAAUCUAGAAUUGAAGGAUCAAAUACAUUCCCAAAUCGAUAGCGCUAAAGUUAUGGUUACAGCAAAUAAGGAGAGUGCCAGGAACAAUGACGUUGAACUGAAAUCUCUUCAUGAAAAUCAUCAACAAUUAUUAAAUGCUAAAAAUAAUCUCGAAUCAAAAGUGGAAGAAUUGGAGCAGAUGAACAUUUCUCUAAAUAAAAAUAUAGAUCAAAAUCAAAAUAGCUACGAAAGACUGAAACUUUCUAACGAGAAGUUGCAGAGAAAGCUCGACGAAGCCCUCGUCAGCUUGCGACAUUUGCAUGCACUCGAAGAGAACACUGAAUUGGAAUAUCUUCGAAACAUUCUUUAUGAAUAUCUGACCGGUUCUGGAUCGCACUCGCUGACCUUAGCCAAAGUGUUAGCGGCAGUUGUGAAGUUUGACAAACGACAAACCGAACAAGUAAUACUUAAGGAAAAGGAACGCCAAAGUUUUCUUCACCAAUUUGGAAUUCUUUGA